AGGCCGAGCUGGGGCCCCCGCGGAGGCGGGAGGGGAGACGCGGACAUGGGAGCGCUGGCCCCGGGGAGCUGAGGGGGAACCGAACCAGCUGGACCUAGAGCGACCACAAGCUGGACGUUUCGGGGAAAGGACAUACAGGGCAACGAAGGCGGCGGUGACACCGGAACGAGCGGAAGCGGCGAUGUCCCCGGAGCCUCGACCUCCUCCUGGACACUGAGCCCCGCCGCCGGGCCCUGCGUCCGCAGCCCGCGGGGAUCCGGCCGCAGUCCGCCCUGGGAUCUCCGGGAAGUGGGGAAGGAGCGCUCAGCCGGGCCGGCCGGGAGUGGAGCGCUGCCCCUUCAACCUAGACUACCCAACUGGAGAGCCCCGGGGGCAGCCCGGAGGUGCUGCUGCAAUUGCCUUACAGUAUUCGCACCCUCUCUCCCGCAGCUGCCGCAGUGUGGAAGCAUCUGGACUCCUGUCUUGGGACUGCCACAUCUGGACACCUCCCCUCUAACAGCACAGGCCUGGCCUUGCCCCGGUUUCCCAUAUCUGGAACCCAUCAUCAUAACUGGAAACCCCUCCCCCCUCCUUCCUCAAGUUACUGCAGAGUCCUAACACAUCUGGACUUAUGCCCUCAGAUCCCAAAUCUCUCCUUCCCCCUUAGGACAAUCACCAAGUUUUCUUCAGUCCCACUUUCCUUCCAUUUACCACAUAUACAUCUGGAUUGCCCCACCUCAGCCCCCAGCUUGCAUGCCCACUCCAGGGAUUGCAGCCCAUCUGGAUGCACUGGGCCCCCUUAGCUCCCAUGUGCCCUUGCUACCCUAUAUGUUCUACGUGGGGUUGUUCUUUGUCAACGUCUUGAUCCUGUAUUAUGCCUUCCUGAUGGAGUACAUCGUCCUUAAUGUAGGUUUGGUCUUCCUGCCUGAGGACAUGGACCAGGCACUGGUGGAUCUGGGUGUACUCUCAGAUCCAGGCUCUGGGCUCUAUGACACUGACAGUGAGUUGGAUGUCUUUGAUGGCUACCUGGAAUAAGGGGAUCCUGGGGCUGGGAUCCCCCAAUCAGAACCUUCCUUCUUCCCUCAGGCCCUGCAGAGGAAAACCUUCAGGCCUAUCACAGCUUGUGCUUCCUGGGCUAGAAUGCCUGGGCCAGGCUGAUACUGUGGGCCACACAGGAGUUGCCACCGAUGAUGUCUUCCCUCCUUCAAGGGGACCUAGGACAAUGCCUUCCCUGGUCCUCAAGACCUGUCUGCCCACCUUGAAAGUGCACCACAAUGCAACUCCGGGAUUAAUGAGAUUGAAAAGUCCUCAGGUUGGAAAGGCACACAGACUGGAAUGGAAAGAAGAGCAAUGAAGGAGCCAGAUCACAGAUUCUUCCAAACAGAUGUUCUCUCAGUGACUGUCCAACCGCAGUGUUGCACAAGAGGCCAAUGCCUUAGUUUAGUACCUUAAAUGAUCUGGAUGCAUAUUUUUUAUGAAAAUCCAAGCUUUUCUCUUUCGAUAUUAUUUCUGAUGUACCUUGAAGGGUCAACUUUGGGGGGAAAAUGUUUUUAAGACUGUUAGUAAUGAAGAGUAGUCAAUAUCAAUAUUUGUUGUUAAUAAAGCCUAAAGUAGUUGAAAUGUUUAGAAUUUUGCUGGCAAUUAGUUCUAGAGAUGCUCUCAGUUGGGGACUCACAAUUGAAAGAAUUAGGGGAAUCUUCCAAAGGUUUGGCUUGGUGGAUUGUCUCUUUUAUUUUCAAUCUGCUUGUCUUCCAUUGGUUUUGCAGAUCUCUCAACUGUUCUAUGGAAGAGAACUGGAAGAACAUGUAUAAAGAAUGACUUAAUUAUCCAACCCAAGAUACUUUGACAAUGAUAAUGUUAAUUAAAUUCAUCUCCUAUAAACCUGUAAAAGCACUCUCUGGAAAGCUAGCCUCUUUUGAUUAAAAAAAAAAAAAGAUUCAAUUAAAUCUUCUGGAAUGUUUUGCCUUUUUUUCAUUCUUACCUUAAUAAGGUUGAGAAAACAAGUUUUAAAGAAAUUUAGUAUUAACCAAGACUAUAAAAAGAUUGCUAACAUUGCUUAAUAAUUAGAAUUUGGGCCUUUUGGCAAGUUCUUAUAAUCUCUAAUUUUUCCAGCCAGUUGGGCUUAUUCAGACCAUCAAACCAGCUAAUGAUGCCUAUGGAUACAGAAUGGAAAUUGAAGCAAGAUUGGAAAGGGCAAAUUGUAAUCAACUUGAAAUUUAAGCAACAACAAUUAAUAAUCUCUUCAAGGUAUAUGACACUUUAUAUUUGUUCAAAUUCAUUCACAUACAGAAUUGUACUUGAUCCUUAUAAGCCUAUCAGUUAGGUAGAUCUGAGAAAACUGUGAUAGAUAGAAGAAUUGAAUUUAAAUAGAAUUCAGGUGAGAAGACAGCUUCCAGAUGUACUGGACAGGUUUGUCACCUUUUUUCUUUAAUUGUGAUUUGUAGAAAUACAAAAUUGUGAGAGAGUUCAGUGAAAUAGGAGAAAAUAAGAACAAAGAGGAAUGUGGAAAAUCAAAAACGCAUGCCCAUUUUAAAACAUAGUAUACAUUAUCAGGAAACCUUGAUUAUAAACCAGAUUUUCCCACUAACCAGCUAUGUGAUUAUACAGAAGUUACAUAUCCUUUCUGGACUUCAACUGACUUAUCUCUAAGGUUGGGAGAGCGUGAUUUGAGUAAAAAAUAUUAUUUUUAAAAAAGCAUUCUGGUCUCCUUCAAAGACAAGAUCUAGACAAGUUAGUUUUGUCAUCAGAAUGGAAAAGAGAAAUGUUUUGCAGUUCUAAGAGAUAGUUACUGAGCUAUUUUUAAAUUGUGUCCUCUUCCCCCCAACUAUUUUCCAGCAUGCUAAUGUAUUUUAUUGCCGAGCCAAGUCAGGAGGCAGACAGGCCACUUGACAGGCUUUUCCAACUGUGUGGCUGAAAUGCCAUCCUCUGCAGGAGCUUUUCAUUAACUGGAAGAGAAGAGGAAGUUUAGUGAAUGGGUUAAAUCUGCUCCUAAGUUAAAGUGUCCUUAGUGAGAAAAUUGAAAAAUUGAAAAUUGAAAGUUGAAAAAAAAAUAACUUGUGUUGAACAAUGUUGUACCUCUUGGGAAAAAAGUAGCUAAGAC